AUGUACGAAGGUCCCUUCAAAUGGACUGGGGCCGUUGUAACUUUUGCUCUCGCACUAGCACGCACUCACGCUCCCGCACUCGUCUGUUCGGAAUAUAGCCAUUGUGUUCCCUUCUGUGAGCUUUCUUCUCCGACAUUAAGCACCGGAGCGGGUCAGCAGCAGAUAACACAUAUUGACGAAUCAGCAGAUAUAACACGUUACAACCAGAUCACUAGCGCAUGUUUGAAGUUAAUAUCAAAUUUUUUGGUUCCGGGUUGCGUCAUGGUCGGAAAAAGGGCUCGGUUCCUGAUGUUGCUUUUGGAGUGCACAUUAGUCUUAUAUCGGCUCGGAGAUAGUACAAUGCUGGAUGGUCCAAAUGUGGAUCAGGUCGACUCAACUGAUGACUUCCUGACAGAUGCGACUUUACGAGGACACCACACACACCAUAUCCUAUUUUUGUGUCAAAAUUAUACGUUACUUUGGGGCGAGAUGGCUCAGUGGUUAGAGAGCGAACUUAUCAACCGGAAGGUUUGUGGUUCGGACCUGACCUCUGCCUCUCGACUUCUCCUGUCUAGGCUUGGGCAACCUGACAGUAUUCUAGCCCUCUUGCUUCCUUCUGAUUGCAUAGCAGCUAGGCACCGAAAGGGUGCUACAGCUGAACGAUUUUUUUAUACGUUACUUUCCAUUUUAUCGUCCUCCAAUUAG